UUUCAAUACCACACUUCCUUGCAACUAGUACAUUAACAAUUAAAAAAUGUUUAUCAAGGUAAUCGCUGCCGCUACCGUCCUUGCUUUGGCAUCUGGACAGCACAAUGGUUAUGGAUACGGUCACGGCCAUGCGCAAUCAUCACAAAGCAUUGUCCUGCACCAGAACCACGGACAGAUCCACGGAGGGCCCGCUGUGGUAUUGCAACACCAGCCCAAUCAUUAUACUGGACAUUAUGACAACCACCAGGACUACUAUGCGGCACCUCACUAUGCGUUCGAGUACUCGGUAGCAGACCACCACACCGGCGAUAUCAAGUCCCAGCAUGAGACACGUGAAGGCGAUGCGGUGCAGGGAGCUUACAGUUUGCACGAGGCCGACGGCACCGUGAGGACUGUUCAGUACACCGCUGAUGCGCAUAACGGAUUUAACGCCGUUGUCCACCGUGAGGGCCAUGCUACUCAUGCUGUGCCAGUGCAGCACCAUUAUGACAUACCCAUUGUGCGCAUCAGCGGAGUAUUCCACAGUUCUAAUGGUGCCGUCAGACUCGUGCAGGCUGUAGGCGCCGCGGACCACGUCGCCCUCGCGGGACUCGUGUUACUUGAGCUUGUAUCAAACAGUAUCAGUGCAUUACAGUACACAAUUCAGUUAUUUACGAGAAUGUUUUCAAAGAUGAUUGUUUUGGCUUUCGCUUUGUUAAUGGUUGCGCAUAUUCAUGGAUAUGAACAUGCGUAUUCAUCGAAUCACAUCUCGCGUCAUGACGGUCACCAUCACGAGGUUCAUCACGGACACGGACAUCAUCACCACCAUGACUACUACACGCACCCUAAGUACGAGUUCGAGUACAAAGUAGAGGACCACCAUACAGGUGAUAUCAAAUCGCAGCAUGAGCACCGCGACGGCGACGUUGUGAAGGGAGGCUAUUCUCUGCACCAGCCAGACGGCUCUGUCAGACAUGUUGAGUACCACGGUGACGAUCACAGCGGAUUCCACGCGGACGUUAAAUACAGCACUCACCACAUUGUACCGAAACAUUAUCAUCAUCAUUAUUAGAGGACAAUAAUUGUUGUCUUUUUAUUCUUGUUCUUUAAAGUAAUAAACAAUGCUGCUCUGAAUAAUUUUAUUAU